AUGUUUCAACUAACCGCCGUCUCGCUGAGGAAUCUCAACUCAUGGUAUGCGAAGGGCACCAUGCGUGGCGGAGUGCCGCGCAUCUACUAUGCAUGGAUGCGUCCCGGAAGCUUCACACGGCGCCGCUUCGAAAAGAUGCGUAACCCUUUUGUGGAUUUAGAGACAGGGACUUCGCUCUACUUCCGCGAUACUCGUGACUCUGCCGAGGCGGUGGCCCACGCGGCGGAUGCCAAGGGCCUAAAGGGAAUGGACAACGCAAUUGACUUGUACAAUGAGUACCGUAUUGUGCCAGACCUUUACCCAGAGGGUUUUCAGUGGAAACAUAAAUUGAACACCGAGUACAACCAGUGGCGCUCCAACACAUGGCUGACAUCUGAUCUCAUCCCACAGGAGCAUCGGGGACGAUUUUUGUGCAAUUUUCAACUAAACAUUGUUGCGUAUGACAUGCGUGUAGUGAAGUUUAGUCCAAAGGAUCACCGACAGUGGAUCUAUUGCGUCCUGUACAUUGGAAGCGGUAAGGGUAUUGCCGGAUGGGGUCGUGCUGUUGCUCCUAGUACACAGGAAGCGAAAAAAGAGGCUAUUAAAGAGGCAUUCUCUAAUAUUAUCGCAGUAGACUUGGAGCAGGAAGGCCCAAUGUACCCUGUGCGUGUGAAUGCGGACGGUGCGCGGGUGUUGCUGUACCCUGCUAAACGCAUUGUAGCCAAUUUUCGCGUUGCAGAUAUCCUUUGCGCCUUUGGUUUUCAACACGCAGGGUGCCGGAUAAAUCUGAAAGCGACGAACAAUCCCAAGGCUCCAACUCACACUGUGGAGGGUGUCUUUGAAGCGGUUAAGGCCCUUCGAAGCGUGAGUGAGAUUGCGGCAAGCCGUGGCAAGGUGCCGCACUCACUGAUUUAUAAUAUCUACCCUUAUCUGGAAGAAAUUCGCCGUCGCAAAGGUAUGAUGGCGAUGCACCCGCCGGGGAAGGAUGGGUUGCUUAUGCCGGACCGUGUUGUUGACAACCGCCUUCCUGAUCACCUGAAGAAAGGAUACUACGAUGAUGUCUACUGGAGAGACUUCUUUGCUGGCAGCAAGGAACAUUUAAGUGAGCCACGAAUGGGACUUCGUGGUGACGAGAUGCGGCAGCGACUUGAGGAGGCUCAGUCUCGCCCAGCGCCAUCAACAACGACAGGACCAGGGCGCCGUACUUUGGAGGAUGUGUUGAAACGAUUAGGGAAGACGACGAAGGACCUGGGCUCGAUCCCUGUAGUGAACCCGCGGCUGGACGUCAAACUGCCGACGCACGUCAAGCGCAACUACCCCCUCCACUGA